CUUCCACUCUAUCAGAUCUGACUCAGUCUUGAAUCUUUUCCACUGCCUACCAUGACUAUUCAGACAUUCACUGUCCGCUGGGGAAUCCUCGCCACCGGAGGCAUUGCAUCUUUGUUCACGAAAGACCUCCUCGUCCCCCCCUCCUCCCGCAAUGUGACCGACAUCCAGCACACGGUGACGGCGAUCGCGUCGUCGUCGUCGCUGGAGCGCGCCAAAGCCUUCGCCGACGCCCACAACCUCCCCAGCGCGACGCUGCACGACUCGUACGAAGCCCUGGCGGCCGACCCGAACGUCGACAUCGUCUACGUCGCCACCCCGCACUCCCACCACUUCCGCAACGCCAUGCUCUGUCUGCAGGCGGGCAAGGCCGUGCUGUGCGAGAAACCCAUCACCGUCAACGCGCGCCAGGCCCAGAUCCUCGCCGACACGGCGAAACAGAACGGCGUCUUCCUCAUGGAAGCCGUCUGGACGCGCUUCUUCCCCCUCACCAAGGCGGUCGGGCAGAUCGUCUCCUCCGGUCAGCUGGGCUCCGUCCACCGUGUCCUGGCUGAUAUGAGUUUCGGCGAGGAGAUCGAGACGAAAUGGGGGACCGAGCACCGUCUUGUCAAUCUCGAUCUUGCGGGGGGUGUUCUCCUAGACUUAGGAAUAUAUUCUCUCACCUGGGUGUUUGAGAUCCUCUACCGACUCGGCGGCGACGAGUACCCGAAGGUCAUGUCGACCAUGACCAAAUACGCCCCGACGGGCAGCGACGAGACGACCUCGGUGCUACUUCGGUUUCCUCGCAGCGGGGCGCAGGGCAUCGCUCUCUCCGGGCUGCGGGUGAGUUCGGACCCGGAUGGGAUGAACAGCGCGCGGCCCGCGAUUCGCAUCCAGGGGACAAAAGGCGAGAUCCAGAUCGACGGGCCGUGCUAUCGUCCGACGGCGUACAGGCUUAUUCCUAAGCUGCAGGAAGGAGAGACGGCAGCGGGGAAGAAGCCGAUCCAGGACGUCGAGAUGCCGAUCCCCGGCCACGGUAUGUUCUGGGAGGCGGACGAGUGUGGGCGCUGUCUACGGGAUGGGAAGCUGGAGAGCGAAAUCAUGUCCCUGCAGGAGAGUAUUGCCAUCAUGCGCGUCAUGGAUGAAGUCAGGGAGCAGAAUGAUUUUGUCUAUCCGGCGGAGUUGGAGAGCACGGAUUACUGAGAUAGCAGUAUAUUCACUAUACAUAUACUUGAGUAGUAUCUAGACUGCAAAAAAACUCUCAAAUCCCACCAGCGCAUAUCGAUAGCGUGCCCUGUUCUCCUGC